GUGAUCCAAAGGCAAUCGCGCCCUUAUCAGAGACCUGGAGAACCUCAUUGUAGCUCCGCAACGACCACCACCAUGGCUUCAGAUUCCAACCCGGCAAAGGCCGGAAUGAUUUCGCUUUAUGCGAAUUUACUCGACUCUUCAACUGAUUCUACACCUGGCACAAUUUCCCGUGCUCCUGUCGUCUUCAAGCAGAGCUCCGAGAACGACGCACAACUCGACGAGUCCGCUGCAAAGAAGCAGCAACUCAAUGCUGCUUCCCUUCGAUUCCAGCCUACUAAGCGCCCGCAACUUUCAACUCAAAAACCUAAACCAAAACCCGUCUUACCAAAGGCCGCGCCGCCGACAACUACAAAUCAACCUUCAUCUCUAGCCGCAGCUCCGGCCAAGAGCACCCUAGCUGAUUGGGCUGCAACGGAGGAUGAUGACUUUGGGUACUACGUGGGCGAGAAGCGGCAACGCGGCGGGAGAAAGAAGCGCAAGAAGGACCGCGAGCCGCACGCUGUUCCUCAAAAUUGGGACGAUAUUUAUGACCCGUCACGUCCAAAUAACUACGAGGAGUAUCGCCAUAGUGACGAAAAGAUCCUGGAAGUUCGCGACUGGAAAGACCGUCUCUAUGCGCAUAAGAUGAGACGCUCCCCAAGCGUAGAUUCUGAUAGCGACGACUAUGAUCGUCCUAUGAACCGUCAAUUUGCGCCCCCAAGUAGUUUCGCUCCACCGCCGAAUCUUAACGAUUCAGCACCCACCGCAUCUGUUCCUGAUGACGCAUCUGGAGAAGAUGCCUUCAGCCGUCGCGCCCGUAUGAGCCAGCGUGAGAAUGAAGAUGUUGAUAUGCUUCAAUAUUCUACAUCAAUACCGCCUCCUCCGCCAGAGGGACCCCCUGCGCCUCCAUACGGCCAACCUACAGCAAACCAAGCUCCACCUCCACCUCCACCGCCACCUUCAAAUCCGAUGGACGCCUUUCAACCCAGCUCUGCUACCAUCUUCCGUGCGCCUGUCCGCUAUACCCUCCCACCAGCUCCCGCAGAUAUCCCGGCAUCCGAAGCAGAGUUGGAAGAGGUCUUUGCCAAUGAACAACCCGCAGAGGACGAGAGCAACACAGAAAAUGAAAAUGCGGCACGUUCUUUACGUCCAGGUCAAAAAGGCUUUGCAGAACGUCUACUCUCCAAAUAUGGCUGGACCAAGGGUACUGGACUCGGCGCUACGGGUUCAGGUAUUGCGAAGCCUUUACAAGUUAAAGUUGAGAAGAGGAAGAAGCGGCCGGAUGCUGAAGGAGGUGGUUUUGUCACACCUGCUGGGCGGGGGACAAUAAUUGGCGGUAAAAGGAAGGAUGAGGAUACGGGCAAAUUUGGACCUAUGAGUGAGGUCAUUAUUCUACGAGGUAUGCUGAAUGGUAUGGAUCUUCAAUCUGAGCUGGAGAGUGGAGGAUUGAUGCAGGAAAUUGGAGAAGAGUGCUCUGAGAAGUAUGGGAGUGUGGAACGAGUCUAUAUUGCUCGUGAUAUGGCUCCUCCGGUCCCUGUUUUUGUCAAGUUCACCAGUCCCCUAUCUGCUCUACGGGCUGUGAAUGCCCUGGAAGGACGUAUCUUCAGUGGCAAUGCCAUCACGGCACGAUUCUUUGAUAGCGAGAAGUUCGCAGAUGGAAUAUACGAGGACUGA